GAACACACAGUAGUUGGAGACUUUCCUAUAAGAACUGCCGCGAAUGCAACCUCGUUUCGAUUUCCCAGCCCACUGAUCGACUUCAAAACCCAGCGAAGAGACUCUUGGUAGACGGCAUGCAGCCAGAAUGGACAGGCUCAGGGCCGCCUAACGAGAGCCUGCUUUACCAAUCCCUGAAGCCCUAUCUGGACACCCCGACCAGAAAACAGCCAAUCAUCGGCCUCGACAGUGUCACAGAAUGCGUGAAGGUGGGCUCAUGUAGUCAGGAGGCCCUCUACCUGUGCGAGGUGUGCCAGAGUCGCAUGAAAAGGUCAGACGUCCGGAACCACAUCAUGGGGUCCCUCCACAGAUACCGCUACAUUAAUGCCCGGCACCCUGACCUGGCGGUGGGGUGGGGCCAGACGGUAGACGUCUCAAAGCUGGCCUGGCCCUUGAUGGAGAUGGCCAGCGUGCUGGAGAAGAGGGAUGGACCGGGCAUCGUGAAGGUGCUGCAGUUGGAUGCCUUUACUUUCAAGGAGAUGGGACAGAAAAGUGCGGCAAGUGCGGUAUCUCAGAUGGCUGCAAUGAGAUGUGAGCGGAUGGAGGGAAGGUCUCCUCACCCAUCGGAGCUCACACAGACCCAUGUCGAUAACUGCGAGGUCCAACCGCGGAGAGUCCAGUCGUGCCCGGUCAAGUCCCGGAACGCCGUAGUUCAGCACCCCAAGUCCAGCGUGCCAUUACAGACGAACAACGCUACGUCCGACGCGGACACCACUAUGAAGUCGCCUCUUGCUAAGUCAGCCGAGCCUUUUGUCCAAUCGGAGAGCAGGGGCCACAUUCUGGACGGUCACACGGUUAUCGGUCUGGACUGUGUGGUGGAGUGUCGGAGGAAGGACAACGGCAGCCCGUCCUGCUUCUUGUGUCAAUGCUGCCGCGUCAAGUCCGACCCAGACGACUUUAUUGCUCACCUGACUAGUCCCUCGCAUAUCUCCAACUACCUGAUGGAGGUUUACCCUGAAUGUGUGGAGGCCAUGAUGGGAGGCCUGAAUGGUGAGAAGGAGCUCCUGCAGUCAGUGGCCCUGAGGGUGGAAAAUAUAGAGGGGAGAGGAGAAUACAAGGUUUUGGAGUGGCCAACACAUCUGUGUGAUCAACUGAGUGAUAAGACCUACCACUGGUGCAUACAAAUGUUCUCUGACAGCGAGCAGUCAACUAGCGCUGCCCGGCAGAAGAAUACCAUUAGCCUAAAAGGUUUAGACGCUUUCCACCAACUGACGACCCGGAAGGACGCCACCGAGGCCGGGUCCGAGCGGGCGGCCAAGAAGCGGAGGACCAGGAAGGAAACCGAUCCCGUUUUCAAGGUAAGCAUGCCGAUGUCUGAAGGUGCGUUCGUUUUGGAGAGGGCGUCUUUCAGCCUGCCCAACUCGGCCGCUGUCAGCACGACGUCCAGGCCACAGUCCAGUCCACCGUCCAGCACACCACCGGGAACCCAGGCCCCGGAGCCCCUGGCACGGGAGCCACUGGCACGGAAGCCCCUGGCAUCGUACUCAAACGUGGACUUUAGCCCGCUGACAGUUACGUUGUUCGAGACGCCACACUUGCCGCUCACAGACUCACCGCCGCGCCAGAUUGAAGUCCGAUGCACAGACGUGGAGGAGACCAUCCCAGUCGUCAUCGGACGCCGAGCGCAGACAGAGUUUGUCCCAGGUUGGGCCCUCCCGACACAGGGGGGCAGACCUGAAACGUACCAACCAAGUACCUCACAAGGCUGCUUUUACCCUCAGCCUUACCCUCAGGAGAACCUGCAGUUCAUCGCUGAUGCACAGACAUGUGUGAUCCAACACGACCCCCCACAGGCUUCUGGCGCUGGGCCCCCUGCAGACGGCAUUAGCCACCCUGUCUCCAGCCUUACGGGGGCUGGUGUUGUGACCCCAAGGUCUCUGUCCUCCUGCACGCUCCCCGUAUUUCAUGACGACCAACGAGAAACGAGCCAUGUCGACCCAAAGCCUACCGUCGCUUUUUACUACUGCACCCCUGGAGGCCAGCGGCGGUCCUAAGUUAGGAAUUUUUUUAUUUUAUUUUUUUUCUGGUUCAGGAAAUAUACUUUGGCUAAGGACUAUGGGAUAUUGGCUGUAACGAUUCACAAUGCAAAGUAGAAGGGAUUGUCAUCACGUGUCCCUGUUCAAAAACUUCUGUUUUUUUAUUUCUUCAAAGAAACAAAGGGUGUAAGCACAAGGGUUUGUGAUACCAAAUAUAUUGUUGAAAUAAGUAUAAUUUUUGUUACUAGAUCUCAAUUCAUUUUUAUUUUAUAUUCAAUGAUAAUCUUUUGAAGACUCAAAUGAAAAAAAUAAUCACUUUACCACUGAAUAAGCUGUUAAUGUUACUUUUUGACAAGUUUAUGCGUGUGAAAAACAUUUUCAUUAAAUUUUUAUAAAUGAUUGAUAUCCUGUUAAUUUUUACCCAAAUGUUGAUCCAAAAUCGCCACAGGGGCAAGUCAAUGUUUUAUACCAAUGUUGGGUGAACAAAAUAGAAUAAACCUUUUGGAACGGC